AGGUGAAAACCAACUCAUAGGUAGUACUUUAGUCUAAAAAAGAGCAAGAGGAAAAGCACAGUUUUUCGUUAAAAAGGUUUCGUUUAAUGUGUACAGAAUACAACCACGUAAAUCACACAGUAAUGUUGAAUAUAAUGGUUCAAUUUGAACUAAAUGAAAUCACUUAUUCUAUUUUUAAUCGAAAAAAUGUUAGAUCUCACAAGUGCCAAUCACAAGGUUUGGUGGGAAGAUGGCCAGCUUCCAUUUGACCAUAUAACGUUCGUUCAAGUGAACCAUAGGGUCUACGAUUGUCGUCAUGGGGUAGAUAGGUAUUCAAGCCAAAAGAAGAAAAACAGAACGUCAAAUUCUAGCGACCACUCGUUUAAGAAGCACAGAAACAUGGUUCAAGGAACAAGAAAAUUGAACUGUUCAGCACAAGUUCACAUGAGAGAAUACAUCAGAUUUCCAGACUUUAGGAUUAAAGAGCAAACGGUUUGGCGACAAAAAUCGAUGUCGAAAAAACUUAGGGAAUGCUUACAAAAAGGUGGAAAUGCCAAUGGAGAAAGGUGGAUCCAUAUCCAGUUGCCUUGCCUAUCUGAGCACAAAACUCACCCUAUAGGAAGCGCUGGAGGUCUUUAUCAAGGAAUUGAUAAGAUGCUUGUUUCCAAGAUCCAAGAAUUGGUUGUUGCUGGGGCUUGCUCAGUUAAAGAAGUUAGGAGGCAUCUUAAAAUCUACGUGGAGCAAGACGUGUACAAAGCAACAAAGGCACCCGCUAAAACCAAUCGGAGAUUUUAUCCUUCCAAACAAACCAUACGCAGCCACAUUUACAAGGCAGUCAUCAAAGAACGAUUUUCAAAAUUUGACCGAAAAAUCUUCAAAAGAAAAUCGAAGACUGGAAACUGA